AUGACAACUGGCCACAUUCGCCCUAAGGUGAGAAAGGCUGCAAAAGCAAGAACUGAUGCCGCUGCGGCUCCUGGCCCACCGCCCAUCCAGGACGACCAAGCCGUGGAGAAUGUACGCGUCAAGAUGGAACGAUGGGUGGGUGUAGGGGACAACGGUAAUAGUAGUAAGCAGGAAGGAGGGCCGCCCAUGAAAGAGAUUGUAGUGUCCACCGAAGGCUCUGUCGCUCCUCCAGUCACACCAAAGGCUACCACAACUUUGGAAAUUGCUACCCCUAUUGCAAAUGAUACUGCUGGGGGGAUAUCGGAAGAUGCUCCCAUGCGGGAUGCUCAAAACGAAACAAAAUCUACUUUGGCGGCAAAACCCAAAAAUUUGAAGAGCAUUCUGAAGACACCCAAGUACUCCAACAAUCCACAACCCGUCGUGAAGGAGCCAAAGAUAUUGUAUUCCGACCGCGAAGAAGUAAUAAUCCCCGAGCCAAAGAAAAAGGCGUCUGUAUUCAAGCAAGGUCGCAUCACGGAACGCGAUCCCACCGUGGUACCCUCACAUCCACAAUUCAAUCCUCCCGACAAAUCUUCUGCCAUGGCCGUGGAGGGAUACGAACCAGUCAUGGACUAUAACAAGAGGAUUAGCACGCAGAAACCCAACACGAAACCAACCAUCAGCAAUAAACCAUCUGAUGAUAACAACAUAGACGAAGGCAACACCACAUCAUCAAAGGAAGAAAAGCAGCAAGAAGAAGAAAAAGAAGAACCUUUAGUAUUCAAUUCUAUUGCUGACAUGAUGGAAGCUGCCGGAACUCUGCCAUCCCAAAACUUGCAAAGUGCACAGGUAGUCGAGGCCGACUUGGCAUUCUCUUGCAUGACCCAAGAGGAUUUUCAAAAGGGACUCAUUCUACAAGGAAUGGAACAGCAAGAGAUGGAACAAGAAAAACAGCAACAAUCAAACCCAAAAAAAGUGGAAUGGGACACGCCUCAUUCGCUGGAUCAGGUGGGAUAUACAGGGACGGAUCCAGUCAAUGACGGCAACGAAGACGACACUACCAUGGAUGGCUAUGACAGUGAGGACGAUGGAGAGGGUCUCUUUGAUUUGCUGGGUCUUGGUGACGAUGAGUCGGAAGAAGAACAACCCCCCGCCAAACCCCGUGCCUUUCGGAUUCUAUGGGAUUGCUUAGCACCCUUGGUCACUCAUCAAUCGAUUAUCUACAUGAAACGAAUCCAAAGGAUUCAUGAAUCGGGUAGCGGGGACAAUUUGAUCUCGGCAACCCCUAUGUAUGAUAUAGAAGCCUCGCGAUCCAGUGGAUUCAUGGCCAUGGUACGAAUGUACAUGUCACGAUGCCUUGCUGAGUUGGGACAGCGAACGGAAAUGAAACGAAUGGCAGAGCAACGGUUGCAGGGACUCGUCUACACGUUCAACUUUUCUCGACCAGCGGCAAAGCUUGAUACCAAACACUGGAAGGCGUUGACAUGUAUCUUGAUAGAAAUCCUUUUGUUCCUGGACCACGCAGACAAUCCUGCAAGACCACAACUUCCAAGAUCGGCUGAAGCCGUUCAAAUGACUUUGGAGGAGUAUCAGUACUUGGUCAAAAACACAAUCAAAUUAUUCGAUAUUCCAGACCCCGUCAUCUAG